UGCUUCCUCCUUCACGCCACGUGUUGACCCGUCACACGUCUUUUGGUUUAGUCUUUACAUCUCCAAGAUGUUUGUAAUUUUUUCGAUUCAAUGCCGGUUUAAGUCGGUUUUACAUCGGUAUUGCGAUUUGGGGAGCUUUACAGUUGGAACGAGUUCCUUUGCCGCCAAUAUGCUCUUUGAUAAUAAUAUAAAAACCAAUCUUACAGAUCAUUUUAUUCAUUAGAAAAAUGUGAUGAGACCUAUUCAAGCAACGUUGAGUCAAAAGCAUGACCUUUUCGUGACCAGGAACCUUCUCUCUUCUUUAUCUUUCCAGAUUGAAAUGUGUGUUUGCACGUUAAACCAAUCAUGGGAAUGAGUCCCACCCUCUAGGAAAGGUUUAUAAGAUUAAUAUCUCUCUGCGUAUAUUUUGUAAAAUCUCCAAGAAGAAGAAGCAGAGAGACCAUGGAGGAGUUUCAAGGUCCAGAACCAGGCUUCUGCGAGAAUCCUCGAUCCCUCGAGCUCAAUCAACGCAGAUGGUGGAUCUCUGUUUUCUUCUGCGGUUUCUUGAUCUUUGUCGGAGACUCUCUUGUUAUGCUUCUGUUGAACUUCUACUACGUCCAAGACAAUCGAUCAGACAGUGAUCAAGACCGACAAUACAAAGGAACAUGGACACAAGCUUUGAUCCAGAACGCUGCGUUUCCCAUCCUGAUUCCACUCUUCUUCAUAUUUCCUUCACCAAAACCAAACCUGGAAACAGUCUCCAAUCAAACCAACAAUGGCUGGUUUCGAGUUCUCUCGCUCUAUGUUUCUCUCGGUGUCCUUGUCUCUGUUUAUAGCAAGUUGUAUGCGCUUGCCAAAUUAUACGUAGGAUGGGGGAUUUUGGUUUCAACUCAAUUGAUACUCACCUCCCUCUUCUCAGCUUUCAUAAACCGUCUCAAGUUUAACAGAUGGAUCAUCAUAUCGAUAAUCCUCACUCUUGCCGCAGACUUUUUUGGCGGCCCUGCGUUUGCUGGAACCCCUGAUGAAGAUGAAUCUGAUGCUUACGAUAUCAAGGCAUGGUUGAUACUCAUAUUCCCUACUCUUGCUUUCUCCUUGUCUCUGUGCCUCAUGCAGCUCGGGUUCGACAAAGUUUUGGUGAAGACAAAGAGGUAUGGUAACAAGAAGGUGUUCCGGAUGGUCUUGGAAAUGCAAAUCUGUGUUUCCUUCAUCGCCACACUCAUUUGCACUGUCGGUCUGUUUGCGAGUGGCGAGUUUAAGGAGUUAAAAGGCGACAGCGAGAGGUUUAAGAGAGGGAAAACUUACUACAUUCUGAGUUUGGUCGGGUUGGCUCUCUCUUGGCAGGUUUGGACGGUUGGGCUGUUAGGUCUGGUGCUUUUAGUGUCCGGUUUAUUCGCUGAUGUUGUUCAUAUGUGUGCUUCACCCGUUGUGGCUCUGCUUGUUGUGUUGGCUUUUAAUUUCAAGGACGAUGACUUUGGCUGGCAGAGAAGAGGUGCUUUGCUAGGAGCAGUUUUGGCUCUAGCUUCUUACUUUUACUCCCUGUACAAAACAAAGAGGAAGGAGACCGCAGAACUGAAAAAAAGAGAGAACAACAACAGCGAAGCUUAGUCUCUGCU